AUGUUUGAUCCUCAAUCACCAAUCCCACCUCAUCUAUACCCACAAGCAAUUCAACUCAAACUCUACCAAGCCUUCAUCUUCUCCAUUCCCAUCUUGUUCUCCAUCAUUCUCUUCCUCUUGUUCUAUCUCUUUUACCUCAAGAGAAGAGCCUCUUCUCUUACCUCUUCUUCCCCUGUGAUUCUUCCUGUUUCUUCGACUCAUCAGCUAUCUUCUCAUCUUCCCUCGGUUUGUUUGGUAGAUGUGAAAGUAGAGCUCAAAGACAAGCUUCAUGUCGUGUGGUACAAUGAAGAACUAGGAACAAGAGAUUCUCUAUGUUGCGUAUGUUUGGGAGAAUUCGAGUUAAAGGAAGAGUUGGUGGAGAUCCCUUUGUGUAAACACAUAUUUCAUCUCGAUUGCAUUCAUCUUUGGCUUUAUUCUCACACCACUUGCCCUCUCUGUCGCUCCUCUGUCUUCAUCUCGUCGACCAAAACCUCUGUGGACGACAACGACGACGACCAUCCAGAUUCUUCUCAAACUUCACCGGUUUGA